CUACUACUACUACUACUACUACUACUACUACUACUACUACUACUACUACUACUACUACUACUACUACUACUACUACUACUACUACUACUACUACUACUACUACUACUACUACUACUACUACUACUACUACUACUACUACUACUACUACUACUACUACUACUACUACUACUACUACUACUACUACUACUACUACUACUACUACUACUACUACUACUACUACUACUACUACUACUACUACUACUACUACUACUACUACUACUACUACUACUACUACUACUACUACUACUACUACUACUACUACUACUACUACUACUACUACUACUACUACUACUACUACUACUACUACUACUACUACUACUACUACUACUACUACUACUACUACUACUACUACUACUACUACUACUACUACUACUACUACUACUACUACUACUACUACUACUACUACUACUACUACUACUACUACUACUACUACUACUACUACUACUACUACUACUACUACUACUACUACUACUACUACUACUACUACUACUACUACUACUACUACUACUACUACUACUACUACUACUACUACUACUACUACUACUACUACUACUACUACUACUACUACUACUACUACUACUACUACUACUACUACUACUACUACUACUACUACUACUACUACUACUACUACUACUACUACUACUACUACUACUACUACUACUACUACUACUACUACUACUACUACUACUACUACUACUACUACUACUACUACUACUACUACUACUACUACUACUACUACUACUACUACUACUACUACUACUACUACUACUACUACUACUACUACUACUACUACUACUACUACUACUACUACUACUACUACUACUACUACUACUACUACUACUACUACUACUACUACUACUACUACUACUACUACUACUACUACUACUACUACUACUACUACUACUACUACUACUACUACUACUACUACUACUACUACUACUACUACUACUACUACUACUACUACUACUACUACUACUACUACUACUACUACUACUACUACUACUACUACUACUACUACUACUACUACUACUACUACUACUACUACUACUACUACUACUACUACUACUACUACUACUACUACUACUACUACUACUACUACUACUACUACUACUACUACUACUACUACUACUACUACUACUACUACUACUACUACUACUACUACUACUACUACUACUACUACUACUACUACUACUACUACUACUACUACUACUACUACUACUACUACUACUACUACUACUACUACUACUACUACUACUACUACUACUACUACUACUACUACUACUACUACUACUACUACUACUACUACUACUACUACUACUACUACUACUACUACUACUACUACUACUACUACUACUACUACUACUACUACUACUACUACUACUACUACUACUACUACUACUACUACUACUACUACUACUACUACUACUACUACUACUACUACUACUACUACUACUACUACUACUACUACUACUACUACUACUACUACUACUACUACUACUACUACUACUACUACUACUACUACUACUACUACUACUACUACUACUACUACUACUACUACUACUACUACUACUACUACUACUACUACUACUACUACUACUACUACUACUACUACUACUACUACUACUACUACUACUACUACUACUACUACUACUACUACUACUACUACUACUACUACUACUACUACUACUACUACUACUACUACUACUACUACUACUACUACUACUACUACUACUACUACUACUACUACUACUACUACUACUACUACUACUACUACUACUACUACUACUACUACUACUACUACUACUACUACUACUACUACUACUACUACUACUACUACUACUACUACUACUACUACUACUACUACUACUACUACUACUACUACUACUACUACUACUACUACUACUACUACUACUACUACUACUACUACUACUACUACUACUACUACUACUACUACUACUACUACUACUACUACUACUACUACUACUACUACUACUACUACUACUACUACUACUACUACUACUACUACUACUACUACUACUACUACUACUACUACUACUACUACUACUACUACUACUACUACUACUACUACUACUACUACUACUACUACUACUACUACUACUACUACUACUACUACUACUACUACUACUACUACUACUACUACUACUACUACUACUACUACUACUACUACUACUACUACUACUACUACUACUACUACUACUACUACUACUACUACUACUACUACUACUACUACUACUACUACUACUACUACUACUACUACUACUACUACUACUACUACUACUACUACUACUACUACUACUACUACUACUACUACUACUACUACUAAAGACAAUAUUUUCUUCCAGUAUCAUUUACUGAACGCGUAA